CAUCUACGCUGCCCAAAGAAUAGAUCGUUUCGGUUUCUAAAUCAUUUUCAUCAUGGACUCUCUAAAAUCCUUCGUUCCCUUGCUCAAGACCGCAGUAGACGAUACCAUCGGUUUGUUUGGUCCGGGUUUGAUCAUUAGUGUCGCUGCAGGAUGCGUCGAACACCGAAAAUACUGGUCGGCCUACGUCAAGGAGUUCAUCGGCACCUUGUUGAUGGUUGUCUUUACCUUUUCGGCCGGAAAAUGGAUCGGAGCGGACGAUCUCAUCGUUKCUUGGUCUGCCCAUGCUGUUGGUGUGGUCCUAGCUGAUUACAUUGGUACGUAUGUGAAGGAGUUGAAUUGGUUUUAAUGAAUUUGAAGUAAGAAGAGCAACGGGUAGGCGAAGAAAGAUUUGUUUGGAAAUUAACAACUAGGUGGAAAGUGGAAAGACUCGAUUCCGAAGUUGAGAUAUCUCACAAUGUACCUUUCCGGUUCUUGAUUGCUUCCUAUUUGUGAAAUAAUUUGUGUGUGGAUUGUGCAAAUAUCGUUUCAGGCGGGGGCCAACACGUUAAUCCCGCAGUGACAGUCUCUAUGUGGGCUCUGGACAAGUGCUCGUACACCGAAGCUUUUGUGAGAAUCGCCGGUCAGAUGGGUGGAGGACUUGUAGCAUUCCCUCUCUUCCACUAUAUUGCUGUCACGCUUAGCAUGACCCCCUUUGGCGGGCCCGAAUUCGUCAAAGAGAACGACGUCGAUGCCUUUGUCUCGGAGUUUGCUGCCACGUUUUUGCUCAUGUGGGCCAUUUACAUUGUAAGUUUUCGCCCCAAGAAUCGGAAUGAAUGGAAGAAUUGUCAAUGUGAAAUUCUUGUUGACACUCCGAUAACUUCUUGCUUUUGCUUUUCCCUCUCAAUUUUUGGAUGUGUCUUUUCUGUUUCUUUUCAAAACCAAAAUAAUUGACCAUAUUAAUAGCUGAACUGGGAAUUCAAUUUCGGAAGCUACCAUUACAUCAUCAAACAAACGUUGACAGCCGUAGCCAUCCGCGCCCUGAUCGAAUUCUUCCCCACCGCCGGACCCGCCAUGAACCCUAUGUUGGCUACCUCCUGGUACGUCUUUGGUGUGGGCACCGAGGGAAGCUAUCCCGAGGAUACAGUUCACUACUUUGUCUACUGGUUCGGCCCUUUUGUGGCUGGAAUUUUUGCGGCGAUUACCUAUAUUAUUCUCGACGGAAAAGACAAGCUCUUUGGCGUCGUUUCCCUCCCCAUCGGUCCCCUCCGAUCAGCGGCUCCGGAACCAAAGGCAGAGAAGUCGAAGAAGGAGUAAACGAUUCGGUCAAUCAAUGGACACAACGCAUCUGAAGAGAUUAAUUGAAACAAAGAAAACUUUCUUUUGUUGGGUGGAUAGAGACAGUAUGGGUUAGAGUCGCUCGUCUCCGGAAUGCCAAGGCUGUUAUUGGGGGAUAAAACGAUGUAGGCCUUGGUGACGACCUUACCCAUASCGGAGACCGAACACCUGUUUUUUCUAGUAGUAGUAAAAACUGUUUUAAUCCAACUCAAUUCACGCCAAUAUUCUAUUAUU